AAACAGUAAAAUUUGGACCUGUAAAAUUACAUUAUUGCCCAUCAUUUUUUUUAUGUGAUAGAAGACUAAUUUGUCUCUUCACCCUCUUUUGGUUGACAAAUAGGGUUUUAUUAAUUAGUAGAGAUUUACAGCUUUCAUUUGGAACAGUUCCUACCUUUAACCUUGAUGAGAGCAUCUUUUUAAAUAUCCUUAGAACUGAAAGUAUUAAGAACUGUGCUUUUUUUUUGUUUUUCAGAAUUUGGAGGCUAGGGGGACAUCUGGUAGUGGGUUUUCUAGUCUUAGUUUAUCUAUUUUAAAAUUCUACUGUUGAUAUUUGAAUGUCAAGAAAUACUUUAAGUCAAUAUAGUGUGAUAUUGAGAUUGUUACAUCUUUACACCUGCUAGGUGAUUUCUAAUCCUGUGAUUCAAAGUCCAAACACAGGUAAUAUCUUCAAGGAAGGUCCUGUUUCCAUCUUUCCACAUCUCACUUUCAGCUAAUUGUUUCUUUACACUUUCCGUUCUUAUUUAUUGUCCCUUAGAAACAAUGGCUCUCCCUAUUAUCAAUGAAAUGCCAUCUUAUUGGAGAUGAAUGCGAGAGGGAGUUGGUUGAUAAUGACAUAGGGUGCUAGUGGGUGUGCAACUAGGAUUUGAAGGAUCUCUGCCCAGCACAAUUGUUUUAAACAGAACAAAUCUUGACUUUUACUUCAGUAUUGGCCCUGAAUGGACCAGAGAUUGGUGGGUCAAAGUGUGAAAGCAUAUUUAUAGGCAGGAGGCUCUUGGUCGAGCUAUUUGGUGAUGUUGUGGCAUAUACUUCAUACUUAGUCAAACUAUUUUGAAGAUUUUCAAUUGGCAUGCAAGGCCAGAACUUGUUUCAAUAAACUGCAUUUUUCUUUGCCCAUCUCUGGAAGUUAAAUUUAUCUUGCAUUUGCCUAUGUGUUGGUUGCCUUUUUCGUUUGUUUUGAUGACCAGUUUUAAUUUCUUUGAAACCGUCUGGCUUUGGUUUGAGGGUUUUUUUCUUUAAAUUAUUUUCUACAAGAAUGCUGACUCCUUUCUCCCAUCUACAUUCUGAGUGUUUAGAAAUGUUUUAAUUAUUACAAGAAAUACUUCUGUAAUGGGUUACUUAUCAAGAGUUUAUGGUUAAUACUUCUAACUUCUUACUGUAGUGGCCUAGAUGUGGGCCUCCAUGUGUUUUAAAUGGAAAAUGCUGAAAGAAGAGAAAUGCAUGCAUGAUUAACCUUAGAAAUAUCUAAUAAUGGUGACAUUUAGAGAUUUUUCUGGAUACAGCCUGAUUUGGGGUAAAGGCAUGCAGAAAUUAAUACUAAUAUCAAAUGAAUGAUUUUGUAUGGGUGGCAUUUAUUUAGAGGUAUCUAUAUUUGAAACUAAAGUUUUGAUGUAACGCACUUAGGUUGGUGUUGAAAUCUAGGUGUUAUAUUGUUGCCCCUCUUACUGCUCAGUGCUCAUACAACUUAAAUAUUUUUAUUCGGCUUCAUUGGUAUUUUGUGAUUUUCUUGUAAUCUUACAAGUCUUGUCAUCUUUGGUCAAUGGUUUUGAUCUUUUAGUCUUUUCUGUUUCUUCUAUCUCCUAACUUUAAACAUUUUGGUUGCACACUACUUAGACACAAAAUAUGUAAUAUUCUAUUAUUUGUGAAUACCAGCUUACAUUCACACAAGCAUUUACAAGUUUGGGUGAAGUUGUUAUGAGAAUAAGAAAAGAAAGUAAAAAAAAAAUUUGCCUUUGUUUUGGAAUUAAGUAUGUAUGCAGCUUGGGGGAACCUGCAGCACUGCUGUCUUUCCUUUCUGAUGUUUGUCCAAUAUGAGUCCUUGAUGUGUAUUGUGACUCUCGCAGUCUGAUUACUAACGAAGUUACUUUUCUACAUUUUGAGGAGCCUUUCCCGUUUUCUGCAGGUUGUGGUAUUAUUUGGUAGAUUCUAUUUCUAGCUCAUAACUUGUUCGUGGCUGUAAGCUGACGAAAGUUAUGGGGCAUAGACAUCAGUUCACCACAUCUCAUAUUUUUGAGAGUGAAAAUGAGCAGAAUUGGAAUCAUAUGAACAUGGAACAACCUUUUGGGCAUUUGGGCUGGGAGGGCACUGGGGAGAACAGUUCUUUCUUUUAUCCUGUAGAAAACAUGUGUAUAGAUGGAAUGCCUUUUGCUUCAAAUUGGAACCCCGCUCCGAGGUCAUAUGGGUACUCUUCCAUGAACCACAAUGUUGAUACACCGCAUUUUCAACCUGAUGCUUCUGGUCCAUCUCAUGACCCUUUUCAGCAUCCAAUAAGUGCUGGUACCUUUGGCUUGGCCAGUGGGAACUAUGCUCAUCAUGCACCUUCUUCUAGUUAUGACCAGUGUACAUUCCUUGGUGUUGAGGGUGGUUUUGUUGAUCUCACGAUGAGCAACGGAAGGGGUCCUCAUAAGAGAAAAAGCCCAGGGAUCCCUUCAGUAUCUGAGAGAGGAAGCACCAGCAGACAUUAUAGUGCUGGAAGUAGUUCCUCUGAGCUCCCUAGGUCUGCAGAAUUACAGCAUGAGAAAGUAAACAUGGAUACCUCACACAUGCCCUGGGAUCACGUCUCUAUGAUCCCCAGCUAUAGAGGGAAUGGACUCUCAAUUAGGGGUGACGGAUCCAUGAGAAAUGUGAGAAGCCGGUCUGAACAUGAUUUGGAGUCCAAUCUAGCUAGGACAUAUUCAUCGAGCAAUCCUUUGCAUACUUCUUAUCCUGCAAGUCUCCCUAUUGACCAUUCUAGUACCAACGAUCUCUCUGGUCAGGGUUCUACUGCUUUGACGAAUGAGUGGAACCAUAUUAGUGUGGCUCCUCAUGGAAGGGUAAUGGCUCCAGAUACAAGUGGUUUUGGUCAUGAUCCCAACCACUUCCAUUUGGGAAGUAGUGGUAAUGCUUCUGUGGAUAAUGGGUUAUACCAUCAUGAUUUCAUGUUGAGCAGAAGUACUGCUGUUCCUCAAAGUUAUCCUGGUGCCUUAGCCCAAACUGUAAGGGGUGUUCGCAGUACCUAUUCUCAAAGAUCUCCCCCAGCCUUCAGGGCUUCUUCAAGCAACUUGCGAUUGGGACAUGCAGCGCAUUCAGAUGAAGGAUUGCAGCCGAUGCCAGAAAAUUACCCAAGACAUCCUAGGCCAGUGGCCUCUGUUGGGUGGCGUCAAAAUGACAGGAGUGGUAGAUUGAGGAUGUCUAAUAAUAGAUACCGAGUCCCUGAAGAGUCUGCUCUCCAGGACCGGUUUUCGUCUGAGGGAUUUAUGGUUGUGGAUCGCCCAGUUUUUCAUGGGUCGAGGAAUAUGCUUGAUCAUCAUAGAGACAUGAGGCUGGACAUAGACAACAUGAGUUAUGAGGAACUCCUCGCACUAAGCGAAAGGAUUGGGAAUGUCAGCACAGGCUUGUCUGAAGAUUUGAUACCGAAGUGUUUAACAGAAACCAUAUAUUGUUCAUCGGAUCAAGUCCAGGAUGAAGGUUCAUGUGCAAUUUGCCUGGAAGAGUACAAUGACAGGGAUGAUGUUGGUGCAUUGAAAAGUUGCGGUCACGAUUACCAUGUGAGCUGCAUCAAGAAGUGGUUGUCAAUGAAAAAUUCUUGUCCAAUCUGCAAAGGUUGUGCACUUCCUGAUAAUAUGAAGGAGAAAUAAUUUAAUCUCGUUGUAAGCGCGCUUCAUUAUAUUACCAUUCUUGUAUAUAUAUUUAGAGAUAAUCCAAAAACGGAAGAAGCAAGACUUGUCUCGUGUUAUGUAAAGGGAGUGUUAGCCAAUUUAAAUUAAUUUGUUUCAGGCUUCCAUUUAAAUGUUGUGAAGCCUUUUUGCAA